AUGGCAGCAGAACAGAGAAAGCUGCUUGAGCAGCUCAUGGGAGCUGAUCAGCUCAUUGGAACUGGCGCACAGGGUCGCAAUUCCCAGCUCGCAAUCACAGACAACAAAGUUUGCCGUUCCUACAUUGUUGGCACUUGCCCGCACGACCUGUUCACCAACACCAAGCAAGAUCUCGGACCUUGCCCCAAGGUUCACAGCGAAGGCUUGAAGACGGAAUAUGACACCGCACCUUCCUCAGAGAAGGCAAAAUGGGGGUUUGAAUUCGAUUACUUGCGCGACAUGCAGAAGUACAUUGACGACUGUGACCGCCGAAUCGACACUGCGCAGCGCAGACUGGAAAAGACGCCGGAUGAGAUUCGGCAGACGAACGACCUGCUCAAACAAAUUGCCGAUCUUUCCAACACAAUCAACUCCGGUCUCCAAGAAGUCUCGAUUCUCGGCGAAACAGGCUCUGUCGCACUAGCACUCAGUGAAAUGCACAAAGUCCGCACCUCCAAGCACCAGAAGGAAAGUCUUGAGCGCGAUCUCAAGAACCUCCAAGAUACCUCUGGUCCAUCCGGCCAUCAAAAGCUGCAAGUCUGUGACGUUUGCGGUGCUUACUUGUCUCGUCUUGACAACGACCGCCGGUUGGCGGAUCACUUCUUCGGAAAGAUGCACAUGGGAUACUCAGACAUGCGCAAGAACUGCAAGAAACUGAGCAUAGAGUUGAAGGGCCGGGCUCCGCCAGUUCGUCACCAUGAAGAAGAUGAUAACCCUUACACCUCUGGUGGUCGCCCCGGUGCUGGUCGGGCUCCUCGGUAUGGCGGUGGUGGCGGUGGCGGCGGCGGCGGCGGUGGAUAUCGGCGCCGCGGAGGAGGUGGAAGAUGGUGA